AGCAAAGGCGUUGUGUGUGGAUGCGUGUGUGUGGUUAUAUGCAUGUAGAGACGCACGCCUCUCUCUCCUUUAUUCCCCCUCUGCUCUUUAAGGGGCUUUACCACUACAACCAACAUCCCAAAGCAGGCCACUCACCACAUUGCCUCUGCUCUUUCGUCUCCUCCAAGACCAGUGCCUGGACUCCAGCAGCUUCAAAGGACUUCUCUGGAGGCAAGCAACUUUUUAGAAGAGUGAUAAAUGUUUGGCGUUUGCUCUUGGCUUUCCGGCCAGAGCUACAUGUGCUGGGCCUGAGUGUUGGAGCUACUAUACGGCGCAAUCCUCCGUUUCCUGUGUGUGUGUAUGUUUUCUGUCUGCUUUCACACAAAACAGCAGGAGGAUAAACUUACCCCAAGAAGACUCUGGAUGCAAACGCAAACAGUAGGACUGGCCAGACAAGGAGAAGUGAAAGUUUUAAGCCAGACUGGAGAAACAGGAGUUGAAACCAGAAGAAAGUAAAGCAGAAGACUUGAUUCUACAGAAGGACAUUUCACUAAAAGAAACCUAACUCAGCCACUCUAAAUAGGUGGUGAAGGCUCCAAUCUCCCCCACCCCCCUCCCUGGCUCCCUCUUCCCUCCUCUCGCUGCAACAUGGGCCACCUCCUCUCUCUCACUCUCAUCUACCUGGCCUACCUGCUGACCACAGGGAUUGCCUCCCAGCGUCAGCAGCACCGCGUGCAGCAUGGCCCUUGCACCUACACCUUCAUUCUCCCAGAGGUUGAGCAUUGCAAGCCCCUAAAGGAUUUCCAGGUGACAAACACGCUGCAGAGAGACUCGCCACCUGAGACCGAGCCGGACAAAAGUCAUUCCAAGGACAGUUUAGCAGAAGAGGAAAGGCCUUUGUGGCAGCAGCAAAAGUUGGAGAAUCUGGAGAGCGCCAUGGAGAAUAACACUCAGUGGCUGCAGAAGCUGGAAAACUUCAUCCAGGAGAACGUACGCUCCGGUGUGGAGGAAAUAAAGAGGUCAACAGUCCACACCCAGACGGCCGCCAUGCUGGAGAUGGGAACCAACCUCCUCAGCCAAUCAGCCGAGCAGACUCGCAAACUCACAGAUGUUGAGACCCAGGUGCUAAACCAGACAAGUCGCCUGGAGAUCCAGCUGCUUGAGUACUCGCUCUUUACUAACCGCCUAGAGAAACGCAUUCUCCUACAGACCCAAGAAAUUUCACGCCUUAGCGACAAAAACAGCUUUCUAGAACAGAGGCUCUUAGCGCUGGAGGCUCGGUACGGGAAGGAGCUGCAGGACUUGCAGGGUGAAAAGCAGCAGCUUCAAGAUGUUCUGGAGAGGCAGAGUCGCCUGGUCAGCCAGCUGGAGGGUGAGCUCGGAAGCUCCACGCUCAACAGCACCACACUGCAGAGGCAGACAGACACAGUCGAGCAGCUGCCGACAAGGGUCAGACAAUGCAAUGAAAUCUCCAACUUGCCCAAAAAGGAGAGACGCGCUUUCAGGGACUGUGCAGAGAUUCUCCGAUCAGGGGCGAAGGAGAGCGGAAUAUACAGCAUACGACUGCACAACUCCACCCAGGACGUAAAGGUGUAUUGUGACAUGAAGACCAGAGGUGGCGGGUGGACGGUGCUGCAGCAUCGAAGGAACGGGUCAGUCGACUUCCACCGCAGCUGGAAUGACUACAAAAUGGGCUUUGGAGAGCCAUCAGGGGAACACUGGCUGGGGAACGAUAUCAUUCACAAGCUGACCAGCUCACAAGAAUACAGUCUGCACAUCCAGCUCCGAGACAGAGAGGGGAACGAAGCCUACUCACAUUAUGAUCGCUUCUACAUCGACAAAGAAGUCAACAACUACAGCCUUCAUACCGACGGGUUCAGCGGCACCGCCGGCAAAACCAGCAGUCUCACCCACACUGGGAGCCAGUUCAGCACCAAGGACAGAGACAACGACCGCUGCACGUGCAAGUGCGCUCAACUCGCCUCGGGAGGAUGGUGGUUCGACGCCUGCGGCCCAUCCAACCUGAAUGGCAUAUAUUAUCCCGUUUCAUCCAAUGUACUCCGCUUUAAUGGCAUUAAGUGGUACUACUGGAAGGGUCCAAAUCUGCUGGCUACCAUGACAACCAUGAUGGUGCGCCCUGCUGACUUCAGAUGAAAUUGCCAUGCAGCUCGAUGGAUCGUUGGGGACUUAAUGUUGCAGAUGAAUGUAAUUAAUCAACCAACGGCAAUGAAUAAAAAAUAUAUCAGGCCAAGAAGUCCUCCAACUUAGACCACCAUACAUUAAAAAGGGACUCUGUGUUUCUGAAAGGAUCAUUCUUCUGUCACCACAAAAUGAGGACUAAAAGACUUUCAAGAGCAACACUUCUGUUGUUUCAGACAUGUCAUGUUAGACUUUUGCUUUCACUUUACAAAUGAGUGGAGUAGAUUUAUGCACUUAAACUUGGUUAAAUUUAGGAAUUAAAACAAUGUAUGUGACUAGGAAAUGUAAAAAUAAUAAUAAUAAUAAUGAUAAGAAAACCGUUUUUAUAGACAGGAGUGAUAAAACUUUUCAAUAAUGUGUGGCACUGUAACCAAAAUACUUGAAGGAAACACAGAAAGCAUGUUGAAACGCUACAGUGAUGAAGAAUGUUGUGCAAUGGAGUAUUGAAAAUAGGCCCAUUGAUUAGGUUUUGGAAUAAAAAUCACCUGGUUUUACAAGUGUAACUGUAAAAUAAGAUACAUGUAAUUGCAAUAUAAAAUGUCCAGUCACCAAAGUACUUGCUUACGUUUAGGAGUUGAUGAGUUUUUAUCAUUUGAAAUGUUUCCGACACCUGAAAAACAUUGCGAAGGAGUUCAGGAAUUACAUAUUUCGUCUAACGUAGUGUUGUAAACAAAACAUAUGGUUAUGAUUAUGGAUUGAAAAUAAAGUAGAAGAAUAACGGUGGUUAAAACGGAAGGUAGCAGUCUUUUUCUAUGAUGCUAAAUAGCGUGGCCAAAAUUUCUGGUAAGAUUUAGGAGCUCAAAUAACUUGGUUAGCCUUAUGAAACUGAGUAAAUAUUGUGAAAGACUGCAAAGAUUCAUCAUGUGCAGCGUUAUGUUUGAUGUACUUGGUUAGGUUAAUUUCAGGCAAAGGAAACAUGGCAAACAUUGUGUUAGAUGUCAAUGAUAAACAUUCCCUUUCAUACAGAGUUGUGAGCAAAAUAGUAAAGUUUAGGAAUUAAAAUACGGUUCUCAAGGUAACCCUCAGACUGUGAAAGACUUUAAAGAUUGAGAUAUGGUGGUUUGUACACUCUGCAGCGCUUUGACUAAAAUAAAAAAAUAUAUAUCAUUUUGAAUAAAAAGAAUUAAACAGAUUAUUGAUGAAUACAAAGAUGAGGUAUUUCCUCAAUGUACGAAAAUAUGAGGAAAAUAUUUAAUUUUAGGAACCAAAAGAACCUAAUCAAUUGGAGAAAACAGUCCAAGUCUUUGGAGCGACAUUGAUCGUGUUUUGUGGUUGUGGAGUCCAAGCAACGUGUUUAGAUGUUGUAAAUAUUAUGUAAAUAUUUCUUAAAGAAUGCAUAUGGUGUCAUGUAGUGUAUUUCAAAGUUAAGUGUUUAGUGUAGAGAACAAAUGAAGCUUGAUUAGAUGUCCAAAAAGAUUGCUUUUUGAACUUAACACUUCAAAAAGUUGCAACCAUGUGACAGUAGGACAUGAAACAGGUUGAGAAGGUACAUUUUGGUAAAAGGUAUGAUGACAAAGAGCUUUACUAGAAAGAACAGGUUUGUGUGUCACACUAAGUGGGGAAAACAACUAACGCACAAAGAUAUGGUUUUUGUGUAAAGAGUGAAAUUUACUGGAUUUCAUAAUCUGAACUUUCUGUACAAUUAAAUUUAGGUGUAAGAAAUUACUAGACAUAUGGAUCUUGUUAUCCCACUCAGAGCAACAAUGAUUUUAUCCUGCUGCUUUUGAAUGCAACCAAUAACCUGCCUCCUAAAAUACCUUCAGGGUUAAGCUCUUUGAAGGUUUUAAGGCAGCAAAGUUUUAUUGAAUGCUUUGUGACAGUUUCUUCAGCAACUCAAUGGAAAUGUAUUCCAGCUUGCAGCUCGGGCGUUUAACGUUCAUAACAAACCCAUAAAGAACAACAACUAUAA